GGGCGCAAGAAGCAAGCCCUCAGCAUCACGGGAAGCAUGUGUCGCAGCUUCGGGAGCUAUUCUUGUAGAUGUUGGUGAUGGGUCACCGCCUAUUGAAGCCGAAGAAGAGCAUCGAAGUAGUCAAGGCGAGAUGAGAGAUGAAGGUAAUUCGACCACUACGUCUGAUGCCCAACAGGUUCUGGCAUCGUUACUUAGUGCGCAUCAUCGUGCAGAGGAGACACUUGUGGCGAUUGCAGAUCGCCUUUUCGAAGCACAAUUGGAACGGAUGAUGGUGACGACAGCAGGAGUAGAGAUGAGG